GAAUAUAAGCUUCAGGUUAUGGCUCUUUUAUUUGUUUGAAAUCUGGUUUUGAUUUUUGUUUAUUUCUGCAAUUGAAAUCGAGAUAUACAUUCAAAAGACAAUCUUUAGGUUAGGGUUCUUAGCUUCUGUUAUUAGUUUGCAGGUUGGAUCUUUUGACGACUAAAACUCACAAAACCAAUCUUCAGAAGCUUAAAGCAGUUUGUCUUGUUUACAGGUUCCAUUGUUUCUGACUUUUAAAUUCUUGUUUGGUUUAAUACUUGACUGUUUAAUCUUGUUAAUGUGAAUGUCAAUGUGUCUGUUUGGUGUUUGAGUUAGUCUUAUGGGUUUGUUAUGUUUUGCUUAUGAUACAGUCUGUUUGGUGUUUGAUCAGUUUAUCUUUUCUUAUGUUUUGCUUAUGGGUAAGAACAUAUAAUGGUAUUGUUUGUAGGUUCCAAUGUUUUUGACUUUGAAAUUCUUGUUUGGUUUAAUACUUGUCUCUUUAAUCUUGUUAAUGUGAAUGUCAAUGAAAACGAUUUGGUGUUUGAGUUAUUAUUAUAGGUUUGUUAUGUUUUGCUUAUGGUGUUUGUUUGGUCUUUGAGUUAUUCUUAUGAGUUUUUAUGUUUUGCUUAUGGGUAAGAACAUAUAAUGGUCGAAAAGUCAUGGGUUCAUCUGAACAGAGCUGAACCGGAUUAUGAGAGAGGUGCUUGGGAUUUUGUGAGGUCUGUGGCUGCAGCUUUAGGAGAAAUGGAGAUGAUUAUUUGCCCCUGCAUUGACUGUCGCAACGUAGAUCGUCACUCAGCCGGUAUUGUCGUUGAUCAUCUUGUAACAAGAGGAAUGGAUUUGAGUUACAAGAUGAGAGAGGAUUGGUAUCAUCAUGGAGAAGUGCAAUCAGGGACUGAGAGUAGAAGCAAUGCAAGUCAGUGGAACCAAGAGAUUUUGGGGUUAUACCAAGCUGCUGAGUUUAGAGAUGAAGAGUUGGUUAGGCAGGCAGAUUUAUGUGAGGGUGCUGAGGCUGAGGAUAAGCUAGAAGAUGAGUUUCUUGCAAAGCUAGCCGAUGCAGAAACGCCCCUAUACCCAAGUUGUGCAAACCACAGCAAGCUAUCGGCGAUAGUUGAACUCUUUAGGAUAAAGACAGAGAGUGGUUGGUCUGACAGAAGUUUUGAUCUUCUGCUUCAGACUUUGCCACGGAUGCUACCCAAGGACAAUGUAAUGCACACCUCGUUGUACGAGGUGAAGAGGUUUCUUAGAUCUUUUGAUAUGGGUUACGAGAAGAUACACGCUUGUGUGAACGACUGUUGUUUAUUCAGGAAGCAAUUUGAGAAGCUCAACAAUUGUCCGAAAUGCGACGCUUCACGUUGGAAGAUUAACACCCGCACUGGCGAGGUGAAGAAAGGUAUUCCACAGAAAGUACUUAGGUAUUUUCCGAUAAUUCCACGUCUCAAGAGGAUGUUCAGGUCUGAAGACAUGGCGAAAGACUUAAGGUGGCAUUUUAGUAAUAAGAGCACUGACGGGAAAAUUCGUCAUCCGGUGGAUUCUGUGACGUGGGAUCAAAUGAAUGACAAGUACCCAUCAUUUGCCUCUGAAGAAAGGAACAUUAGGCUUGGACUCUCGACAGAUGGGUUUAAUCCGUUUAACAUGAAGAAUGUUAACUAUAGUGCUUGGCCUGUUUUGUUAGUCAAUUACAACAUGUCACCUGACAAGUGUAUGAAAGAGGAGAACAUCAUGUUGUCAUUACUGAUUCCUGGUCCAACACAACCUGGAAACAAUAUAGAUGUGUACCUAGAACCCCUUAUAGAGGAUCUAAAUCAUCUGUGGGAGAAGGGAGAGUCAACGUAUGACGCAUUCAGUCACACUACUUUCACGUUAAGGGCGAUGCUUCUCUGGACCAUACAAGAUUUUCCGGCAUAUGGAAAUCUUGCGGGCUGUAAAGUCAAGGGAAAAAUGGCAUGUCCUGUGUGUGGAAAACACACAGACAGUAUGUGGCUGACUAAUUGCAGAAAGCACGUAUAUAUGUGCCAUCGGAAGGGUUUGCCACCAACACAUGUUUAUCGAAGAAAGAAAGUAUGGUUCGAUGGUAAAGCUGAGCAUGGGAGAAGAGGUCGGAUUCUGAGUGGUCAUAACAUAUACCAACUACUGAAAAAUUACAAGAAUGAUUUUGGGAAUGUGAGAGUAACUGGAAGGAAGAGGAAUAUGAAAGAAAGUGUUGGUUCAGGCUCAGAUUCUAAUGAUGAAACCAGUGAAUCAGAGGAAGAGGAUGAACCAGUAGAUGAGGAUGAGUUAUCUAGAUGGAAGAAACGGUCAAUCCUUUUCAAAUUGCCUUAUUGGAAGGUAUGUUCCUAAUGUUUUUUUGUUUUUUUUUCUAUAUAUCAUUUCUGAAUUGAUCUAUUUGAACUGUCUUUAACAUAUAGUAUUCUUUUCUGUCUUUUUGUUUGGGCCUAGGAACUGCCGGUUAGACAUAAUUUAGACGUUAUGCACGUGGAGAGAAAUGUCGUUGCUAGCAUUGUCUCAACACUAUUGCAUUGCGGUAAAUCAAAGGAUGGGCUUAAUGCUAGAAAAGAUCUGCAAAUGCUUGGUAUUAGGAAGGAUUUACAUCCCCAACCCCGUGGAAAAAGAAUGUACCUGCCUGCAGCUCCUUGGUCUUUAUCCAAGAAAGAGAAGAAACUAUUUUGUAAGCGCCUUUUUGAUUUCAGAGGUCCGGAUGGAUAUUGCUCAAAUAUCUCCAGGUGCGUGAAAAUAGAAGA